GAACAGUCUGCCUGUGGACAGCGCACGGAACUGAAGGGCCACGCGGUCAGUUGCAACGCAGAAAGCUUGGCUUAGUGAUCGCACUUCCGUGACAUUCGCGGUCCCCCCACAGAAAAACCGGAUUUGGUUAACCUAUUCAUUACACAUAUUCAAUAACCUAAUUUGCUUCCAUUUUGGUGCUAAUGUACGCCCACCUGUUUAUAUAUUUUGAAAGUAGUCCUGACCAUAAUGAAAAGACAAAUACUGUUAAGACUUGAAUAUUAGUUAAGCGAGGUUUAUUGGUGGAGAAGUGGGCGGAAAGAGAAUCCCUCGUCAUCAUCUUCAUGAAGACAAUAGCAAGUGUGGCUAGGUGGCAACGCCUCUGUGUUUAAGAGUGGAAAAGUGUGACCGUGCAACAACAAAAAGUGACCUGCAAAAUGAAUUUUACUUGCAUCGUUUUUGUGUGUUGAUUAGGUAAUAAUACUUAGUUACACAAGAAGACAAAUCCACACACGCGUACAUUAUCUUUUCAAGAAUAAUUUACUGAUGGUAGAGAUGUCAGGUACUGCAUCUAAUUCGUGUGUAGUAUUUAUUACAUUAGUGUUAAUAGAUUCAGAUAACUUCAUAUCAUAAGGAGGCGUGAAAACAGAUUAUAUUAACACAAAACUGGACUUCAUCUAGGAUAAUAUAAAUUUUAGUAAAUAAUAUUUUGGACUCACAUGAAAACGUGCCUAAUAUAUGUGACAAUUUAUUGUAGUAAUUUCAGUAUAUGUACAAAAUAUUAAAACUGUGGUUUGGAUACUUAAAAACUGUAGACACACCGAUUCACGCGCGAUGUAGAUCAGCUAGAUCAUGGAGCACGUGGAAGGCAGAUUCUAGUACCUAAAGAAGAAGCUUCAAGAUAAGAUAAUGUAUUAAGCGUGGAUGUCUGCAGACACGGAUGUGCUGUUGUGCUGAUACUCAGACAUUAUGUUACGUGAUUCCUCAGCUAUAGUUCUCACAGCGUAACAGCAACACGAGCGAAGUGAAAAUGCUACCGAAUUGGCAGGCGGUUACAUCCAUGCUACUCGUGUUCAUCACAACCAGCUAUACUCAAGGUCACUACCAACAGUACCGAAGUCCACGUAUUACUGAACACCCGACAGACGUGACAGUACCAAGGCACGAUCCCGUGACCCUGAACUGCAAGGCUGAUGGUGUGCCGGAACCCACAAUAGAAUGGUACAAAGACGGCCAACCAGUGAGAACGUCUCCAAGCGACGCCAAGUCUCACCGCGUACUUCUGCCGGCUGGAUCACUCUUCUUCCUAAGGGUGGUUCAUGGCCGCAAGGAGUCGGACGGCGGCGUCUACUGGUGCGUCGCGCACAACCAGGUCGGCGUCGCUAGGAGCAGGAAUGCUACCCUGGACGUAGCCGUGCUACGGGAUGACUUCAGGGCGGAGCCAAAGAACACACGAGUUGCGCAGGGUGAGACGGCGUUAUUGGAGUGUGGCCCUCCGCGGGGACAUCCGGAACCGACCGUCUUCUGGCGCAAGAAUGGACAGACUGUUGACCUCGACGUCACGAAAAGGAUCCGUCUAGUAGACGGAGGGAACCUUGCCAUUCAAGAUGCCCGUCAGAGUGAUGAUGGCCGAUAUCAAUGCGUCGCUAAGAACACAGUGGGCGUCAGGGAGUCUGCAGUCGCACUGCUCAAAGUACAUGUGAAACCAUUCUUGAUACGAGGACCACAAGAUGCAGUUACACUUGUUGGCGGUAGUGUGGAGUUUCAGUGCCGUGUGGGUGGUGACCCACUACCUGACAUUCUCUGGAGGAGAACAGCUGGUGGUGGGAAUAUGCCCCUGGGCAGAGUCCAUAUCCUUGAGGACCGAAGCCUUCGUGUGGAAGAUGUCAUCCUUGAGGACGAAGGAGAAUACAGUUGUGAAGCUGAUAAUGCGGUCGGUACUGUCACCGCUUCAGCCACACUAACUGUCCACUCUUCACCAUCGAUGACAACAAGGCCAUCGGACCAGAUUAUAGAGCUACAUCGUGAUGCUGUCUUUGAGUGUGGAGUUGCUGGAAAUCCUAGACCUUCAGUGUUUUGGUGCUUGGAAGGUAAUCGCUCAUUACUGUUCCCUGGAGCUAGAAGUGAUCGCUUCAUUGCUUCCAGUACACCUGAAGGCAGCGCCAUUUUGACCCUGCAGUCAGUGACUCGGAAUGACUCAGGAACAGUCGUGGUGUGCUCUGCAGUAAACCCUGCUGGUUCUGUUACCUGGCGAGCUCGUCUGACAGUGGCAUCUCCUGAAGACCAUCCUCCUCCAAUUAUCACACUGGGGCCCACCAAUCAGACGUUACCAGUUAAAUCAAUGGCUGUACUGCCAUGCUCAGCAAUUGGAAGCCCCUUACCAGUCAUCACAUGGUAUAGAGAUGGAGCCCCUGUUCUUCCUGGCCCUAGGAUUAAUAUAUCUGAUUCUGGAACGUUGCAGAUCAAUGAUCUGGAGAAGCGAGACAGUGGUUUGUACACUUGUGUAGCAUCAUCUCGCAGUGGUAAAGCGACAUGGAGUGGUGCACUCAGACUUGAACUGCCUACCAAUCCCAACAUCAAUUUCUUCAGGGCACCUGAACCAUCUACGUUCCCAGGGCCACCCAGCAGACCACAUAUUGUGAACAAAACUGACUCAAGUAUCACCAUAUACUGGACUCGUAAUAAUAAAAUUGGAUCAUCAUCAUUACUUGGGUAUCAGGUCGAGUUGUUUGGUCGGGAGCCUACUACUGGUCACAGUAGUUCAGGCAGUGGAUGGGUUGUAGCAGCCCGUCGUGUCCAAGGACCAACAUACACUCAGCAUCACCUAGCCCCAGGUGUAAGCUAUACUUUCCUUGUUCGCGCUGAGAAUUCACAUGGCUUGUCCCCACCAAGUCUGUUGUCAGAACCUGUAACCAUGACUGCAUCAGGCCUCACCUGGCCAGGUGGGGAGAGUGAAGAAGAAAUGCAGCUAAACGAAGCCAGGGCCAGUCUCCUAGCUGGACAUGUAGUGGAGCUGCUGGAUGCCCAGCCAUUAACCCCAACUUCUGUUAAACUUGUGUGGGAGAUCUUCAAUUCGGAAUAUGUAGAAGGUUUCUACAUCUAUUCCCGUCCACUGGAUGGUGCUCGUUCACCAGAUGCCUACAACAUGUUGACUGUACUUCAUGCUGGUGGGGCAUCUGGCUUUCAAGUCACUGGCCUGGCCAAAUACACUCGUUAUGAGUUCUUUCUUAUCCCCUUCCACAAAACUGUUGAUGGACGACCUUCUAACUCUAGAAUGGCAAGGACAUUAGAAGGUGUACCAUCUGAACCUCCAACUCAAAUGGAAGCAAUAUUACUGAAUUCAUCUGCUGUCUAUCUGAAAUGGAAACCACCCCCACCAAACUCACACAAUGGAAUUCUGAGGAACUACCAGGUGGUGGUUCGAGGAGGUGCAGGCAGCAGUAAUGCUUCGAGCAGAAUACUGACAAAUGUAACAGUAAAUGCUGCUACCCCAUCCCUGCUGCUAACUAACCUGACAGCAGGAGUGACAUACACUGUGAGUGCCUCUGCUGCCACAAGAGCUGGCCCUGGUCCACCCAGCAUCCCAGCAACCUUGAGGCUCGACCCUACCUCAAGACUUCUGCUAAAAGAUCACCAUCAUAGACAACCCAUUGGUCAUGAACCCAGCCUCACACCAGGCCUUACUGGAAGUGACUUCCUCACAGAAACGUGGUUCAUAGCCCUCUUAGGGAGUAUGGUGGCAGUAAUGGUGCUUCUGUUUGCUGCCAUGCUGCUGGUCCGGCGAAGACAGCUCCUUACCAAGAAAUCAACGCUCUCUAAUAUACGUGAUUCCUGUUCUAAUGGUGGAGUUCUAGCAACCCCUCUAAGCCUGAAAGCAGCAGCUGGCUUACCGCACCCUCUAACAAUGCCAGCGCCUCACUCACUGCCUCAGGAUUCAUCACUGUGGAUUGAGAAUAGACCAAACUGUUGGCGUAACUCAGAGAACAGUGACAAGGACACACGAAGUCUCUCUGAGUCCCGACUACUCCACAAUGGCAGCAUAGUCACUGCAACACUCAAUGACUAUGCUGAAACAGGGAUGCUGAAACAGGCUGGCUCAGGCUCAGGCAUCAACACCCCAGGCAGUGAUGCGAUGCCUGCUUACGCAGAAGUGGACCCGAAUCACAUGGCAGCACUCACUACAUUCCAGGGGCAUCGCGGUUGUGAUGAGAGGUGUGGCGGACCUGGCAGUAGUGAUGGCUCCAGUUCUCCUGCACCAUAUGCUACUACAACGCUAGUUGGUAGCUCACGUCACCAUCUCAACGGUCUGGGUUGGGUACAGAUUUGUCAACCAACCAAUGAUAGAGAUGAGGCACCAUAUCCUUCCAAUUCAGCAUGUUUCUUCGGGAGGAACGUCUACUCAGAUUCUUACUUCUUUAGUGGACACUGCAAUGAUUAUGGGCAACAUUCAGUGGGUCUGCCACAAUCCUCAAACAACUGCAGUGGCAGUGGACGUAGCCGGAAAGCCAUGUCAGAACUGGGACAUUGUGAUAGUCAGCAGCCUACACCUGGUAACUCUCUUCCUCCUAAUAACCCUCCACCACCAUCUGCAUCAGUACCCCACACCCCAGCAGGUACACUACGAAGAGGGCAUCGCAAUCUUCAGCUCUUGCGGCCUCAGAUACCUAAAUGUGGGACAGGCAGCAAUUUGACAAACUCUUGUCAGUCUCCCACUGGUGGAAUAUCACAAAACUCAAAUACUUCCAACAACCAGUCCAACUCUCGAGACUGUCAUCGUUUCUCUGACCCUCCACCAGACAUCAUUACAUCACCGAAUCAGCCACCUCCUCAACCACCCACCAACCCAAACAGAACAUCGCCCAUUUCGUCAUCACCACAGCAAUGGAAAUCUCAAUACAACAUGAGUGGAGUCAAGCCAAUGUUACUAAUGACUUCAGUACCUUCCAGAAAUGCAAUGAGUGGAGACCCUUCUUCCAAUAAGAAUGCUCCUCAAUUAAUAAAAGACUUGCCAUCAUCGCAUGCUGGUAACUCAUAUAAUGCUCAUAGUUUGUCUAGUUUUGCGGUGCCCUAUAAUCAGACAUAUGCACCAUCAAGGCACGGUCAUGGACAGUAUCAGCCUGUUUAUCAUCAGUCAUCAAGGAGCGAGCCUGGAGGACAUCAUAAUUUAACCGCCACUUAGUUGUUCCAGAGGCUCAAUAUGUAAGAAAUGUUAUUUCAUACUAAUGAUCAUUUUCACAUGACAGAUAACCUUUAUCAUUCGGGGAUAAUGAAUUUCGAUCUCCCCCUUCUACAGCACUGCCACCUGGAUUUUAUUCUAGAGAUGAAGGUCACUGUAUUGUAAAUCAUGAGAUACUAAGCAUGCUGCAUCCUGAUCGACCCACACAUGCUGUCAUACAGGUGCAGCAUAUGCAUGAUAAAGGUUAAACCUUAAGCAUGGUGUAUACACAGAAGAUAGUUUUUUAACAUCCAUUAAAACUUUUGAUCAAAUGAGAAGAUGACUUCUAGUUACCCCUUGUUUUGCAGUGUUUAAAACCACAAAUUUUGUAAAAAUGGGAUAUGAGGUUCACAUAGUGGUGAAUUUAAGGAUUAUGGUCUCCUGGGAAGUGGUAUCAUGUAAUUUGGUAGAUACAUAAUAAUGCUCUGGAUGAACCUUCUGUCUCAGUCUUUAGGGCAGAAGAUAGAUGCAGUAGGCUCCUGUAAAACAUCACCAACUACCUACAAAACUACACGGCUUCGCAUCCCAGAAGACACAAAUCUUGAUUACAUAUCCUACAUGAGCCACAUUCUUAGUGAUCCUUAAUUUCUAUAAUCCAGGAAUAAGGAAUUUAAAUCUGACAGUAGUAUGGGACUAGCAAACGAAUUUUAAUGCAGUCAUAAUGGUACUAGAUUUGAAAAAAUGCAACACACAAACAAUAAAGGAGAAUGAACAUGUUUCAAACUUUGUGUUACCAAGAUGGUAACAGAAACCAGAGCCCACAGAGGAUACAGAAAUAUUCUAUUAAUCUCCAUUCCAUAUUAAAAUCUACACCGAAGACAAAAGCAGCAGAAAUGUCCUACCAGACUACAUAGGAUCAUAUCCCAGAAGACAGUAAUCUUCAUCAUUCCUAUCAGGAGAACCUCACAUCUCACAGCAAUAGUAUUCACAUUCAGACCAAUACUUAUGAACAGGGCCCAGAAUUUGAUGACAUGUAAUGCUCUUAAAUAUAUAAAUCUCGAAUAUGAGCUGCUGGUUACAGAAAUGUAAAUUUUAUAGGUAAUUUUUU